CAAGUAUGAAGGAGUAAUCUCAAUCCUUUAUGAUUCAUUCUUAUCUCAAUGUAAACAAUGUGAAAUUAGGUUUGCCAAAGGUUCAAGAAAGGGAGAAGAAAAGGCUGAUGAGCAUUUAGAUUGGCAUCUUAUACAAAAUCAUAAGGUGAAGGAGAAAGCCAAGAAGGCACAAAGUAGAAAUUGGCAUGUUACUGAGGAGGACUUUGUUGACUCAAAGGAUUCAUUUUCUCAAAAUGCAAGUACGUUAACAUUCUUUGAGUAUGAUACUAGCAGCUCUGAACCAAAGAAUGUCAAAAGAAAAAAUGAAAUUGUUGAUAAUGAUAGAACAUCCAAAUCAAAGAUGAUGAAAAUGGAUAAAAGUGAUAAUCUUUGUAUUUGA